AGGGGACUCCUGAUGACUAGAGAGAAGCUGCAGCAUCCUCCUUGGGAAGAAUGUGACAAGCUGGGGGACAGAAGCCCAAUCACAUCUAAUCUUCCAGUUGCACGAAGCCAGAUUCGCAUUUUGCUGUUUCUUAUACUGAAGAUCUUGUAUUCUGGAGCUGAAGAUGGAGCUGUUAAAUCCAUGCUGUUUGAAUGCAUAUGUGAGGGGAAUUCCUGUGAUCAUCAAAAACGUUGUUUUGGUCAGCAGUGUUUUGCCUCUGUGAUCCUGAAUGGUGAGGCAUAUGUUUUCCAGAAAGGAUGUUUUGGUGUGCUGGAACAUGGAGAAAUGACAUGCAAGACAGCACCUUCAAUAAAUCAGGUAGUGGAAUGCUGUUACGGAAAUCUCUGCAACUGGAACAUAAGUGCAAAGCCACUACUUCCCCAAGUGGCUGAAGCAAUACAACACAACACCAAUAGAUUUGUUAUUUUUGUGAUAAGUCCUAUAAUGGUGCUAUUAAUUCUCACAUUUGUGGCUAUUGUGGCAUGUCGCAAGAUUAGCCAAAAUCGGAUGCAUCAGUUACUUGCACAUGAUGCUGAACACGGUAUGAUUGAUGGCCUGAUUACUUCAAACAUUGGAGACAGCACGCUGGCGGAUUUGCUUGAUCAUUCUUGUACUUCAGGAAGUGGCUCAGGAUUACCAUUUUUAGUGCAAAGAACAGUGGCUCGUCAAAUAACGCUAGUAGAAUGUGUAGGAAAAGGCCGUUAUGGAGAAGUCUGGCGAGGUCAAUGGCAAGGAGAGAAUGUAGCUGUCAAAAUAUUUUCAUCAAGGGAUGAGAAAUCAUGGUUUAGAGAGACUGAAAUAUACAAUACCAUACUACUUCGCCACGAGAAUAUACUAGGAUUCAUUGCUUCGGACAUGACAUCGAGAAACUCCAGUACACAGCUUUGGCUAAUUACUCACUACCAUGAGAAUGGAUCACUGUAUGAUUACCUGCAGCGAAAUACAAUGGAUGCUGAUGGUUGUCUAAAUGUUGUGUUGUCAAUUGCUAGUGGUCUUGUACAUCUACAUACUGAAAUAUUUGGAACAGAGGGUAAACCUGCAAUAGCACACAGAGAUUUAAAAAGCAAAAAUAUUUUAGUUAAAAAGAAUUUGCACUGCUGCAUUGCUGAUCUUGGACUUGCAGUGAUGCAUUCCCAGAAAAACAACCAGCUGGAUGUUGGAAAUAAUCCAAAAGUUGGCACAAAACGGUAUAUGGCUCCAGAAGUUCUUGAUGAAUCUAUUCAGGCUGACUGUUUUGAUGCAUAUAAACGUGUUGACAUUUGGGCCUUUGGAUUUGUGUUAUGGGAAAUAGCAAGACGAACAUUCAGUAACGGAAUUGUAGAAGAAUAUAAACCACCAUUUUAUGAUCUUGUUCCAAGUGAUCCUAGUUUUGAAGAUAUGAGGAAAAUAGUCUGUAUAGAACAGCAAAGACCAAGUAUCCCCAACAGAUGGUUUUCAGAUCCAACUCUAACUGCUCUUGCAAAAUUAAUGAAGGAAUGUUGGUAUCAGAAUCCCUCAGCACGACUUACAGCUUUACGCAUCAAAAAGACUUUAGGAAAAGUCAACAAUUCACAAGAAAAAGUAAAAGAAGAUUACUAGUAGACUUAUUUUGUAUAUGAAUUUAUCAGAGAACAGAUGACUGAAAUCUGCUGGACAGGAUACAUAAAAAGAUCAUGCAUCAUGAUGAGAGUAACCUUAUCCCACGCAACAAUUAUGCACUGACUACUGAUGUUCAAAUAUACUUUAUAUCUCUGUUCUGGCAUUUUCACUGGGAAGUUUAAUACCGCUAAUGUUUUUAUAAGAAACACUAAUGCUAGUUAAUACAUUUGUGUAAUCUUUUGUGCAUAUUUUAGAUUUAAUUUUUAUGAUUUAUCAUGCUGUUAUUCUAAAUCACAGUUCAUAAAGAGGGAAAGGAAAGUAGACAAAGUGGGAUUUUUAAUUGCCUGUGCAGUUUUUAAAAUGUAUGUUUGAGGUUCUAUUCGUCCAUUCAUUUGUGAAAAGAUAUGUGUGAACCAAUACAAAAGCUCCGAAGUCUACUAUAAUAUUCAAAUCCAAUGAUUUCAGUGGCUGAAAUAUAAGCAGCCUUAAAGCUGGGAAAUCACUUUUUAAAAUAUGGUGGUAAAAAUAGAUCUCAUUAAAGCAUUCAAAUACUUCAAAGGGCCAAGUACCAGGAUAUGUGUCUUUUAGUAUGGGAUAUGUGCUUUAUUUUCCUAAAAUGGAGUGGGUAUCAGGCUGAAGUACUUUUCCCCCCAUGAUUGAUUUUAACCUUUUGGCCAACUGAUAGAAUGAGGGCAAAGGCCAAACUGACCUCCUCUGUUAAAAUUCAAUUGUGCUUGAAUUUCAGUCGAAAAGCAAUCA